GCCCAAAUCCCUGCACGUCAGACAAAGGUUCACCGGAACCGGUCGCGGUGCCUUUUGCGUCUCCACGUCGUCGUCAACGGUCAGUCUGCCGUCAACGUUUCGACCGUGGUCUUGUCUUCGUGCCCGUCGGACCGCCCUCUUUGCCCGUGCCCACUCCGCGCGUCAGAGGUUUCACACCGGACCAUAAUUAACGGUCACGCGAGUAUCGCGCACGAAGUUUUCCGGCCUGUUUGUGUUAUCGUCGCAGCCACGAAACGAGGUGUACGUUUGUGCCGUUACUCGCACGCCGAAGCGCUUCGCGUGCCGUCGAAAGGUAAAAGACUAUUAUUUUAAACUAAUCAGAUUGGAGAAAUCAAAAUGGAAACACCUCCUUUUAAUCCAGAGCCGACUCGUAUGAUGACAAGAAGUGUUUUAGCUGAAAUACCUACUAGACUUGGGCGGUUAUCUAUGACGGAACCUAAUGGAUUGGGCCGAAAUGACCAUCAUGUUAAUAUAAUGAAUACAACCAUAAGUAACUUUCCAACAUCCAUGAUGACUCCAUCACCAAGUCCUGAUGAAUUAAUCAUACAACAACGUGGACGACGUAAAAUACCAGUUACAUUUAGUCCUGACAUUGAUGCUAUAAAACAGAAUAAUCAAGAAACACCAACUAAAUCAGGUGGUUCUAGUUUCAACAAAAGUUCUAUCGUUCUUAGAAGCACUCCUCGCAAGCGGUUAUUAUUGAAUGAUCCUUUAGAAUUAUCAUCUCCAGAUAAAUAUAAAACUGGUUCACAAAAUUAUAAGAAAAUACGCACUGAUGUGGCAGUUGAGCUUCCUGAAGAUUAUUGUUUACUAUCAGCAAUGAAAGCACUAUCUUCUGAUCAACUUAUUAAUAUAAUUGGACAAAUUGUUAUUGAUCAUCCAGGCAUUGAAAAGGAAAUAAGAUCUAAUUUCCCUUUGGCUGAUUUGAAACCCCUCGAAGAGCGUAUUUAUUAUUUGCGCCGUAAUAUUUACAAGGCUUUACCUAGUAGCCGUUUGAUUUCAAAAACCGAUUCAACUGCCUACAAUAGAGUUUCAACUCAUGUCUUAGCAUUCAAAAAAUGUGUUGUUGAUCAAGGUAGACGUUUGGUAGAGAGCAAUCAGUGGCCCAUUGUCAUGGACUAUGUAUUCAUGGCAUGGAAACAUGUUCGCAAUACUCCAGUAUGGGAUAAUCCUGCUCAUAAUGCUGCGCGUAGACAGUGUUUUAAAUCAUUAUCAGCUCAGUGUAUGACUGCCCUCAAACAAUUGAAGAAUACUAUAGAUCAACAACAGUGUGAUAGUUAUAAAUCCCAGUUGAAGUUACUAGUUGAUGACAGCGAAGACAUGGAUUGGUGUUUACAAUUCCUAAAUAUUAAUGAAUGACUGACCAAACUAAAGUGGUUUUUAUUUAAAUAAACAAUAUUAUUGAGUGGUAAACUUUUAUAGCUGCUGGACAAUAUUUGACUGUAGGCAAUAGCUUAGCUAAUAAUAUUGAUUUCAAAUAUUGGGAAAUUUAUCUUUAUCAUAUUAAAUUGAAUGUUUUCAAUUUUUACACGAA